UUUAAAUGCCAGAGUUCCACUGUCAAAACAGAGAGAAGGACGCAACAAUAUGAUGGACCUUUUUGAGACCAACUCUUAUCUUUUCAAUGAUUUCUAUUUGGAAGAAGGGGAUCAUGGACCACUACAACAUAUGGACAUGGCGGGGGUGUCUCCUCUUUACAACAGCAACGACAGCCCGGUGUCGCCAGGCCAGGAGAAUGUUCCGUCGGAGACAGGGGGGGAAAGCAGCGGCGAGGAGCAUGUGCUUGCCCCUCCGGGUCUCCAGUCGCACUGCGACGGCCAAUGCCUCAUGUGGGCCUGUAAGAUCUGUAAGAGAAAGUCAGCGCCAACGGAUAGACGCAAGGCCGCAACGCUCCGGGAGAGGAGAAGGCUCAAGAAGAUCAACGAGGCCUUCGAUGCACUGAAGAAAAAGACCGUGGCUAAUCCCAACCAGAGACUACCCAAGGUGGAGAUCUUACGCAGUGCCAUUAGCUACAUUGAGAGGCUACAGGAUUUGUUGCAGACGUUGGACGACCAAGAGAAAAUUCAAAACGGAUCUUCUUUUAACGCCAAAGAACACAAUGCGGCCAAUGAUGAGUAUCAGUGGAAGAGAUCCUCUGAGACCUGGCGAAGCUCUGCCGAUCAUUCCAGCGUAGCAAUGAACCAGAGAGACGGAACCAGUGAGUCCUCUGCCUCCUCCAGCCUGUUGCAUCUGUCUUCCAUUGUAGACAGCAUCACAACUGAUGAGAAAAUCAAGUUUCCCGCAGAUGUCUCUGAAAGUUAAAAUUGAAAUUAACAACAAUUUUAUUAGUGAGAUUAUUAUUUUUUUUUGUUACAUUCAACAAUUUUGGCUUUUUAUUUGUGACAAGUCCUUCAUGGACGGACAGGAAGAGCAACAAAUUUGUAUAUAUUUUAUAUUACAUUCUUUUAAAAGGUAUUUAUUUUGUUUUCAAAAGUUACCAACUUCUUGAAAAAGACCGAACGUUUGUACAUAAAGCUGACCAACAAAUAAAGUACU